AUGAAUCACUCAGCUGUUUCACACAGCGACCCUGCCGAGGAAGUCUGCGCUGCCUCAGACUACUUCGUGGAGUGAGCCGUGCUGAGCCCUGCCUUGAUAAGUGACAGAUGCUGCUGGGCUAGUAUUGUGUGUUGCUGCUUACAGGGUAGAAUUUCCUGCAGAACUGGCAAGUCAGAGGAUCAGGAUCAUCUUUCCCAGCUCAUUUGUCAGGCUUCAACUCCUCCUCUGAUGGCUUAACAAACGGGAAAACAAAGUUGUUCAUCUCAAUAGCUGCACGUGCGAAAAAAAAUACAAUUUCAGGAGGAGACCCUGUGUAUGCAUGUGGCUCCAAGGCAGUCCUGCAUCAGGCUUGUUGGGGCACUGCCUAAUUAGAAACAAGAGAGACACUAAGGACUGGGAGCUGCUGCUCUGAGUGUCAGAGCACUUGCCCUGUGUCUCAUCCUGGCAGCUGGAAGCCAAACUGAUGUGUUUUCCUACAGUGCAUCUCUCAAGAUUAGCUCUUCUUAAGCCACCUAGCCCCUCCCUUGCUUCGCUGGCAUCUGCCCUCAACAUCCACUUGUACUUUGUUGCUAAUGCUUGACUGUGACUUGGAUACCUUCCCUGAAUUUGACUUCCAUUUUCUACUGAGGUGCAUUGCAUGGCCCGCAGUUUCCCUAAUCUCAGCAAGGUCAUUUUAAAAUGAUUGGAUAGAGGCUGUGGAGAAUAUGUCUGUCCUUGAAAAAUGCUACUUUUACUCUUGAGUGGCGGAUCGGUGGCUGACAUUUGGAGCACACGCCGUCCCUGUGAGCAGUGAAAAUUGUCUUAUUGCCUGCAGGAUGUGCUGUUCAUUGGCAGCAGUGCGCGUGAUCUCACAUGUCUGCAUCAGCACUCUGAGCUGCAGAGGCAUAGGAAGGAGCUGGCCCAUCAAGUCCGAUAGCCAGUCAGCAACUACAGACAGUGCCAGAGGCUUCUGAAGAAGGUCUAAGAGAUCUAGGGGCAGGCAGGCAGAGGAUUCCUGUGAAGCAAGGCAAUGCUUUGGGGAUGAUGUGCUGAGGAGAACUAAGGCCUAGAAAACUCACAUGAAUGUGAGGCAUCAGGGUAUCAACUCCAGGAUCACUGCACUUUUGUAGGACCUUUUUGCCUAAGAAACUUCUCUGAAAUAAGAUGGAGUAUGAUUUGUUAUGUAUUGCAAGCAGUCCUGGGCACAACAGUGAUUCCAUUAUGCACGCCUGGUGAAAUGGACAACUGCACGACAGCACUAAUUCAGACAGAGAACAGUCCGCGUGUGGCUCAAGUUGGAAUAACCAGAUGCAAGCCUGAAAUGAAAGACUACUGUUUCCAUGGACAGUGUGUGUACAUAGUGGAUUUGGACGAACACUAUUGCAGGUGCGAUGUAGGCUUCUCUGGUGUCCGAUGUGUGCAUUCAGAACUUGUCAGACAGCCCCUCAGUAAGGAGUAUGUGGCACUGACAGUAAUCCUAAUCCUGCUUUUCCUCACCGCUGUCUCUAUUGCAAGCUAUUAUAUCUGCAAAAGGUACCGAAACAAGAAGAGACAAAUGAACAGCAGUGAAUACAAGGAAGUUGGCACCCUGUAGGAGAAUCCAUGGCUUCAUAUGGUGUUCUGUUCAUCUAGACAGACUCAGUGGCUUCCCAUCUAUUUAAAUGUUAUUUUUAUUAAUAUUUACAAUAUUUAUGUUCUCUUAAAAAUUUCAAUUGUUUUGUGAUCCAAUCAGUAUAGGUCAAGCAUUUUAUUUUCAGUGUUUUAUUUUUUUAUUUAAUAGUAUUUCUCAAUGAGAAUCCUACAUAAGUGGCUCUGUGGGAUAGAGAUAUAUUUUUGUAACAGUUCAUCUUCUUGCCAGUACUAUCUGGCUCAAACUCCAAAGAGUAAUUUUAUAUUUAUUCUUGUGAAUAUGCUGAAAACAAUUUUACUCCUUGAAAUAAAAGCUCCAGACCAAGUUAAAA